AAUCGCUUUGGUAAAUAUAUACCCCCUGAAUGGAAACAUAGAUGCUCAUCACCCCCCUCGCUCGUGGCUUUAGCAAAAGAUCUACUAGGCAAGUUGUUUACUUGGUGUAUGCGCAUCCACGAGUUGCUGACAGGGAAGUAAAAAUUCUAACCACAUUAGCACAUCGCAGGGCUGGGUUCGUAUGAUGAGCGCGACCUUCUAAAGAGCGUAUCGCACGACAAGAUCCGCCAGCUCCUGGAUACAGUCAGUGAUCUUGUACGUAAGCGGAUAGCAAUGCCUCGAUUAUUUCGCUUGUGAUACCUGGUUUAUAGGGAAACGUCCAGUUGCAUGUCCACCACAAUAACGAUUCAAUCUUGGGGAUUCGAUCGUCCCCAUAUCUGGUGGAUUCCAUGCCAGGACGGUCCUCCUCGCCAGCGGGAGGGCUUGCGCCAGCUGGGUCCCAUUGCCAGCCUCCCCUCCCCAGUCCGCAGAAUCCAAUGGGCCCUCCCAACGUGCCGGGAAACCUCUCACUAUUCGGCUCCACUGCUCUGGGGGUUCUGCUUUCAGGGGUAUGUCAUAACGAUGAUGCUGGCUUCAUGCUCCGCAAUCUUCAUCAACCAACUGACCACUAGCUCUGAUAAGCGUCCUAGUACCGUUGUCCAACCAUUGAGCAAUGAAUCGUACCUUCGUCGAUAUACGAGCCUGCU